GUCAGCACACACAGUCACUCAAGCAACCGAGGAAAAGUGUUCUGACCUGCGAAAGAAUUGGCGACAUUAACCACAGACUCAUUGUUUUGCCCGAGGAGGACACCGACGACACGUUUCUUCGUGCCCUUUGCUGAGCGGUUGUAGUGGUCGACUGCGGAGAGGAGGACGAGGGGGUGGACGACGACGCGUUUCUCUGAGAGUGCAAUUGUUUCUGUUGAUGUUGCUGCUGGCAUUGUGGUCUGGUGGAGGGGGAUUAACUGGAGGUGUCUACCUGUGCUCGCGCUGCGUGUGGGUGUUGGUGAUCCGUUACGUACGCUGGAAUGCGGGCUGGAGGGGUACUGCGUCAUCAGUGACGAAGACUACAAGAGGAAGUGGUCAUUGUUUUACGAAUUAUCGUCAUUUCAGUUCAAAUGGCAUUGACUUCAUAGCUUUCACCCUCACCACCCGCUCACCACCAGGCGGUUCCGAACGUCAAGUAUCGGUAUCGGAGCUCGAGCCUCGCCGGGGCAUCGAGGGAAUCUCUAGAUUUUGGUUUGUCGACCCUGCGAAAAUACUAUUUCAACCCCGACACAACCACAAUGGUUGACCAAAUCGCCCACUUGAGCCAAAAGGUCGCUGACCUCGUCGCCCGUACCGAGGAGUUCAAGCUUGAUCUGGAUCGGUCCUCCGGGCUUGGGAGCUGGUGAGAACAUGUUA